AUGUCGGAGGAGAGUGAUGCAUCCAAACUAGGCUCCAAGCUACACAAUGAAACAAUGAUGGGAGAAUUCCAACACAUGCUUAGGGAAUCUAUGGCAUCACUACACCAACGGAUGGACCGCUUAGAGCUUUCUCAAGCUCGGUCCAACGCAGCUCAUCGAGAUGUACCACCUCGUGAGGAGUUCGCUUCCAAUAGCGAGGAAGAUGACUUCAUCCGUCGGCCUAAGCAGGACUACCGGAGGACCGAUGACGGAUUAAAAGGAGUCAAGAUCAAGAUUCCCGCAUUCCAAGGCAAGUCUAGUCCGGAGGCUUACCUAGAGUGGGAACAGCGAAUCGAGAUGGAGCGCACUAGCAGGCGCCGCAAUAGAGAACGACAAAUUAGUACAUGGGAGGAGUUACGAACCACUAUGAGGAAACGGUUUGUACCCAGCCAUUACUAUCGUGAUCUGUAUCAGCGGCUCCAGACAUUGGUCCAAGGAAGCCGAACUGUGGAGGACUACUAUAAGGAGAUGGAGAUCACCAUGCUCCGAGCUGAUAUUGUGGAGGAUAGAGAGGCUACCAUGGCAAGAUUUCUCAACGGCUUAAGACCUGAGAUCGCCGAAUUGGUGGAGUUGCAAAACUACGUGGACAUGCCUGAGCUAAUUGAUAAGGCAUCCAAGAUCGAGAGGAGGCUUGAGAGGAGGGGUAACACUCGCUUCUCGGCAACGCCUGCGUGGAGAGGCAACCCGACUUUCGAGCGGGAACGGCCUAGUCCAGGGGUGUCCAAGUUUACUCCUAAGACCGAACCACCCCAGCCAGCCCCAAAGGCAACUCCAAGGCCUCCAUUCGACUCGUCCAAGCCACGAAGCCGCGACAAAUGCUUCAAAUGCCAAGGAUUUGGGCACAUUGCUUCUCAACGUCCUAAUAGGCGUACCAUGAUUGUCCUACCAAGCGGAGAUGUCGUAUCGGACGAUGAGGAUGAAUUCGCCGAGAUGCCUCCAUUGACUGAUGAAGGUGAAGAUUUUGAGGAGGAGGUUGAGGCCACUACCGAGCAAGUGGGUGUUGCUCUAGUAGCCCGUCGGGCUCUUGCAACCCAAGUCAAGAAGGUGGAUGAAGCCCAACGUGAUAACAUUUUCUACACAAGAUGUCAUGUCAAGGAUAGAGUAUGUAGCCUCAUCAUCGACGCAGGUAGUUGUACAAAUGUGGCAAGCACUCUCAUGGUGGAUCAUCUUUCCUUGCCCACAUUAAGGCACCCUAGCCCAUACCGCUUGCAAUGGCUCAAUGAGAGUGGCGAUAUCAAGGUCACCAAGCAGGUGGUAGUGCCUUUUCGAAUUGGGAAGUAUGAGGACGAGGUCCUUUGUGACGUCGUUCCAAUGCAGGCUUCUCACAUUUUGUUAGGACGGCCAUGGCAAUAUGACAAGAAGGCUACUCAUGAUGGCUUUACCAACAAAUACUCAUUUUUGCACCACAACAAGAAGAUGACGCUUGUCCCUCUCACACCUCAACAGGUGCAUGAAGACCAAUUGCGAUUGCAACAAGAGCAUGAACGAGAGUUGUCCAAGAAGUCAACCGAUUAUAAAGCAAACACUAAGGCACCAGUCGAGAGAACAUCUAUCCCUGGAACAUCUGGUCGAAUGGAGAAACGGCCCAACUUGCUUGCCAAGAACAGGGAAGUUUGUAAGUUACUUUUGUCUAAGCAAGUUGUCUAUAUGUUAUAUUGUAAAGAGGUGUUUUUACUUUCCCAUGAGACACUCAUUGACUUACCUCCUGAAAUUUCUUCUUUGUUGCAGGAAUUUGAGGACGUUUUCCCAGACGAGAUUCCAAGUGGACUACCCCCACUUAGAGGGAUUGAGCAUCACUAUGAAGAUCCUUAUCUUGUGAAUGUGAAUGGUAAGCUGUCAAGUGAAUUUAUACCUACAAAUGCUAAUCGUGUAGGUCCAAAUUCGACCAUUCAGGGCACAAGGCUGACUAAAGAGCGUUGGAGUGGUUGGAGUAAAGCAUUGAGUUUCCCAUGGUGGAUUGAAUAA